AAAUAAAGAUAAAUAGCCCCCUUCCAAAAACUCUCAACGGUCAUAAUCACCUCCUAAACCCUCAUCUCUCUCGCUCACUUAUCAAAAUGACCCCAACCCUAGUUCGUUCCCUCGCCACCCGCCACCUCAGUCUCUGCGUCCUCCUCCCCAAACGCCUCCUCUCCACCUUCUCCAUAACCCAUGCUCCUUCACUUCCUACUGUUCUUCCCUGCCGCCAAUCUCUACCCUCACUCUCUCACGCUCUACAAUCCAUCAACAGAACCACUAACCCCACCCGUUUCACGUCCAUUCGAUGCCGGGUCAACCGAGCUGGAAACUCGGGCUACUCGCCCUUGAACUCAGGGUCAAACUUUAGUGACCGGCCACCCAAUGAGAUGGCCCCGCUUUUCCCUGGUUGUGAUUAUGAGCACUGGCUUAUUGUUAUGGAUAAGCCUGGUGGUGAGGGUGCUACUAAACAGCAAAUGAUUGAUUGCUAUAUUCAAACUCUUUCUAAAGUUGUUGGCAGUGAGGAGGAAGCAAAGAAGAAGAUUUAUAAUGUUUCGUGUGAGAGGUAUUUUGGGUUUGGAUGCGAGAUUGAUGAGGAAACCUCUAACAAGCUUGAAGGUUUGCCUGGUGUUCUCUUUGUCCUCCCGGAUUCUUAUGUUGACCCUGAAUACAAGGACUAUGGUGCUGAGUUAUUUGUGAACGGAGAGAUAGUUCAAAGGCCACCUGAAAGGCAGAAAAGGGUGGAGCCACAGCCACAGAGAGCAAAUGACAGACCAAGAUAUAAUGACAGAACCCGAUAUGUGCGUCGCAGAGAAAAUAUGCGGUGAAGCACUGCAUGGGAAAGCUUGCUGUAUAGUUUCUGCAAUUGGAAGCUUGUCCUGCGUGGUUAUCAAUGGUGUCCGUAACUAUUUAAUGUAGCCAGUUGAACCAAGGAUAUUGUAUGUGAUAAUUUCAUGUUUCUCUCCUUGACAUGUCCCAACGUGAAGCGUCUGAAUGUAAAAUCUGCUAUCCUCGUAAUUUUCGCUUUUUUUUUCCUUUCAGGUCAGGCGUAUCAGCUGCUUGUUAGGUUUUACUUGCACUGAACACAUGGUGGAAAUUGUAAAAUACUUUUCGGUGGUUGUCCACAUUGAGGGGGGUGGUUUAGCUUUAUGGUUUUGCGCGUCCCUGUUAGCAGAUAUGAACUGUGUGAGUAUGGGAUCCUCAUACUUACUCGCGGGAAAAAGCGUGUGGCCCUUUGAAGAAAGGGGAAAUGUUUUGAAUAAUAUAACAGCAAAGCCUCGUUCAUAAACUAGCUGGGGUUUGUAAUAUGAUUAUUUUUGCACGA